AUGUUUCAGCCAGGAUUAUUCAUGAACUACCUUACAUACCCUUACAAGUCUGCAGCUCAUCUUCUUCAGACUGAAUUACCAUUCGAUUUUAAUAGCCAUCGAGCGAUUGUACCACAAAACUAUGAGAACAUAUAUUUGACGCUUACAAAAGUGCAAGAUCUUGGGCAGGUUGUUGCUAAGGCCAUUGUCUUUGAAGGAAAAUGGCCUGUCGUUGGAGGCGUCAAAGGGAGUGAUGUAUCCCUAAAGGAACUCAUUGCCCUUGGCGAAUCAGCCCACGGUAUGACUAUAUCCAUCUUCCGCACAAAGCUGUAUGUUAAUUCAAAUGCUGAUAUGGUAUAG